ACGUUCGCUACCUAACGAUAGCACUUAGCUAGCUGUGUUUCGGUAACGUGUAUCUGCUUUAAAUGCUCACAAGUUUCAGGUAAUUGUAAACUUUUUAAAUACCUAGGCUGUUUAAAGACCUGUUAAAGUGGAAAACGGUGUUGUGCAGUCUCCGCUCAUGUAAACAGACAAAGGUUCGUCGUAGUGUGCGAGCUUUUCUCGGUGAGCAGACGUCACCCAGCUUGUGGAGUGGGUAAAUGGAAAUAUAAGGCCAUGAACUGUCGCUCGGAAGUUCUCGAGGUGACGGUGGAGGCUCGGCAGGUGGAGGAAGCGAUGCUGGCUCUGUUGCACACCGUUUUACUGCACCGCAGCACGGGCAAGUUUCACUACAAGAAGGAGGGCACCUACUCCAUCGGCACCGUGGGCACCCAGGACAUGGACUGCGACUUCAUCGAGUUCACCUUCGUCAGGGUGUCCUCAGAGGAGCUGGACAGGGUUAUCAGGAAGACCGUGUCUGAGUUCAAGGACGCUUUGAGCAACUCGGGCAACGACGGCGUGGGGCAGAUCUCCCUGGAGUUUUACCAGAAGAAGAAGUCCCGCUGGCCCUUCUCGGACGAGUGCAUCCCCUGGGAGGUGUGGAGCAUCAAAGUUAACGUGGUCAACCUGGCUAAUGAGCAGGAGAGACAGAUCUGCAGGGAGAAAGUGGGGGAGAAGCUGGGCGAGAAGGUGAUCAACGUGGUUGAGGUCAUAAACCGUCACGAAUACCUGCCGAAGAUGCCCACCCAGUCUGAAGUGGACAAUGUUUUUGACACCAGUCUUAAAGAUGUCCAGCCCUACCUUUAUAAGAUCUCUUACCAGAUCACCGACUCACUGGGCACUUCUGUAAGCACCACCAUGAGGAGGCUGAUAAAAGACACUCUGGCACUGUAAGGAUCCUCUGAGACCGUGCAGGUCUUGUUGCUGUCCUGAGGCGUCGUUCGUCAGUGUGCCCACUUUUCUGAUUACUGCUGUGAUUCCAUAUCUUAGUUCCUCAAUUAUGUAUACUCUGUUUUAAAGAUGUUUUGUUUA